UUCAGACGACAUAUUUAUUUCCCCAUUCCCUGAAGGUAGCCGGGUUGCGUUGAAAAUCUACUGUAAUCGGCGUUAUUUCGGGAUAGAUAUCCCUCAAAAUACAACAACGGAAUGGCCGGAUCCUUAGCGUUCGACGAGUAUGGCAGGCCAUUUAUUAUUAUCCGCGAUCAAGAAAGAAAAUCGAGAUUAACGGGCAUUGAAGCCCACAAGUCUCAUAUUCUUGCUGCGAAGACUGUUGCUGGUGUGCUGAAAUCUUCCCUCGGGCCAAAGGGACUAGAUAAAAUGAUGGUUGGCCCUGAUGGGGAUGUAACUAUUACAAAUGAUGGGGCCACAAUCUUAAAACAAAUGGAUGUGGACCACCAGAUAGCCAAGCUCAUGGUUCAGCUGUCACAGUCUCAGGAUGAUGAGAUUGGAGAUGGUACCACAGGAGUUGUAGUGCUUGCGGGAGCAUUACUAGAACACGCUGAAAAACUGCUAGACAGAGGUAUUCACCCCAUCCGGAUUGCAGAUGGUUAUGAAAUGGCUGCCAAAGUUGCCUUCGAGCAUCUUAGCACUAUCAGUGAAACAUUCAAGACAGACCCUAAAAAUAAAGAGCCACUUAUUCAAUUGGCAAUGACAACUCUGGGGUCAAAAAUAGUCAACAGAUGUCACAGACAGAUGGCAGAGAUUGCUGUGGAUGCAAUCUUGGCUGUGGCUGACUUUGAUAAGAAGGAUGUCAACUUUGAGCUAAUCAAGGUAGAAGGGAAAGUAGGUGGCAAGAUGGAGGACACCAUGUUAGUGAAGGGCGUCAUCGUGGACAAAGACUUCAGCCAUCCACAAAUGCCCAAGGAAGUAAAAGAUGCCAAAAUAGCAAUUCUCACCUGUCCGUUUGAGCCUCCAAAGCCAAAGACAAAGCAUGGUUUGGAAAUAAAGUCUGUUGAGGACUACCACAAACUCCGGGAGUAUGAAGUCAAGAAGUUUGACACCAUGGUUCAACAGGUAAAGGAUGCAGGUGCUAACCUUGUAAUCUGCCAGUGGGGAUUUGAUGACGAAGCCAACCACCUUCUGCUACAGAGAAAACUUCCAGCUGUGCGCUGGGUUGGAGGUCCAGAAAUUGAGCUGAUUGCCAUAGCAACAGGUGGCAGAAUAGUGCCAAGGUUUGAGGAACUGACAAAAGAAAAGCUUGGCAAGGCUGGAAUCGUACGCGAGUUGGACUUUGGUACAACCAAGGACAAGAUGUUGGUCAUAGAAAAAUGUGCUAACUCCAAAGCCGUCACAAUCUUCAUCCGAGGCGGUAACAAAAUGAUUAUCGAGGAGGGAAAGCGGAGUAUCCAUGAUGCCCUGUGUGUCAUCCGUAACCUGGUCAGUGAUGACAGAAUCGUGUACGGGGGAGGAGCACCGGAAAUCUCGUGUUCACUCGCAGUGGCGGAAGCUGCCAACAAGGUAUCUACUCUUGAACAGUAUGCCAUGAGGUCAUUUGCAGAGGCAUUAGAAAGUAUCCCAUUAGCGCUAGCCGAAAACAGUGGUUCAUCACCGAUCCACACAUUAGCAGACAUCAAAUCUCGUCAGCUCAAAGAGAAAAAUCCACGACUAGGAAUUGAUUGUUUAUUCAAAGACACAAAUGAUAUGAAAGAUCAGCAUGUCAUAGAAACUUUAUCAUCCAAGAGGGCCCAAAUUAUGUUGGCCGUACAACUAACAAAAAUGAUCUUGAAGAUUGAUGAUGUACGCGGAGGAGAAAGGAUGCAAGGCUACCCUGGCAUGAUGUGAGGAUAUUGAAUUUAGGAAAAUAUUUAUGAAGAAUUUCCCGGAGUGAAAGAGGAGGCGCAAAGGUGGCAACUGUCUCUUAGGUAGACUCGUAUGGAGAAUGAAAGGAUACCAUUUCUCACCCCAUGAUCUGUGAUGGCUGUUGCAGGACAAGCACUGCAAUAUUGUGUCCUGUUCAUCGUCAUUUAGAGAAAAAAUUUCAGGAUACAUUAAUGUCUUAGAAUUAAAAAAAAAAAACAAGCUGGCAAGUUCUUUAAUUUCCGUUCUGGGUCAGUGACAAUGUUUUUGAACAAAUUUUACAUGUUAAAUGUUGUUGUCAAUCUGAGAAAUCCUCCAAAGAGACUUGGAAUUUGGCAGUUACAAUAGACACCGAGCUAAAUACAAGACAAAGUGCUGUGUUAAUGUCAUAAAAGAUGGCUUUUCUGUUUAUGUACCUUUUAUAUAUAUUUAAUGUUUGAAUGUGUUCUGUAUCAGCGAGAAAGAGAGAUUAUGUUUUGAGUGAUUUAUAAAGAAAUCAAAUAUCAAAAA